GCGGGGGCGGCCCGUUACUAACCACUGCACCGCGCUGUAACCGCUAAACCAGCAGGGCUAGUCUGGGAUUUUGACAGGAGGCGUUACAUAGGCGACUUGGAGAAACAAGAAACUAAAGGAAUGGCGGUGAAUGUAUACUCCACGUCUGUAACCAACGAGAACCUGAGCCGACAUGACAUGCUGGCAUGGGUAAAUGACUCUCUCCAGCUCAGCUACACCAAAAUAGAACAGUUAUGUUCAGGUGCAGCAUAUUGUCAGUUCAUGGACAUGUUAUUUCCAGGGUGCAUUUUUCUAAAGAAGGUGAAAUUCCAAGCAAAGCUGGAGCACGAAUAUAUACACAAUUUCAAAGUUCUUCAGGCAGCUUUCAAGAGGAUGAGCGUGGACAAAAUAAUCCCAGUAGAAAAGCUUGUAAAGGGGAAGUUCCAAGACAACUUUGAGUUCGUCCAGUGGUUCAAGAAAUUCUUCGAUGCCAACUAUGAUGGAAAAGAAUACGAUCCUCUCCAAGCUAGACAGGGUCAAGACAUUGCUCCUCCCCUGAAUCCAGGUGAACACUUUUCCCACAAACCCAAGAGAACUGGUCCAGGACCACAGAGAACGUCACCGACAGUACCCAAAAACAUGCCCACGCCACAGAGGGUGAUGAACACUAAUGUCAGGAAGAACCCCAAUCUCGCUCGGAACGGAGGUGGUGAUGCUGAGAUCAUGGAGCUUAAUCAACAGCUGAUGGAACUGAAGUUAACUGUCGACGGUCUGGAGAAGGAAAGAGAUUUCUACUUCAGCAAACUGCGAGACAUUGAGCUGAUCUGCCAGGAACACGAGAACGAGAACAACUCCGUCCUCACUCGGAUAAUCGACAUCCUUUAUGCCACAGAGGAAGGAUUUGCAGCACCAGAAGAUGAGGACAUAGACGAGCAGGCCCACUUGGACCAGGAUGAAUACUGAGCGCUCCUCCCUCUUCCUCUACCCCGUCCCUACUCUUCUGCCCCGCUCCCCUCCCCACCCCACUUCCCUGCCUUCACUUUGGAAUUAUUCCCCUCAUUGCACGCUGUUGAUAUCUCCUUCAUUAACUCUGUAUCUAUGGAUGC